AAAAAUUUCGCAAAAUUUUUCGGGAACUAAACAAGGCCUAACCUUAAGCCACUCCUAUAUUAUAGUAUAACUACUCCCAGUAAAUAAACCAGUAAACCGCCACCGCGCUCGCAAGAUAAAUACGCACUCCGAGGCCGCGCACACACGCAGCCCGAAACGCGAGCACAAUCAACACCACCAUUACCACCGCAGCACCAGCACCACCGUUCGUUCGCAAUGGCAGCUCGUCUAGCCUGAGCUGCAAGGUCUAGACGCGCGCAUUGGCGCCGCCCGCGGCGUGGCCUGCCUGCCGCCGGUCGCCGGCACCCCAUUAUCGCGUUGGGCUGGCGGAAUAGGAGUAUAUAGCUUAGCCAGCUGCCCAGCUCGCUGCGCCAUCAGGGAAAGCCAAAAACGCGGCGUCCCCGCGAAUGGCGGGCCGCCGUCUGGUGACGCUGCCGCCGCCGAUGCUGAUGCUGAUGCUGGCGGCCGCGUUCCUGGCCGCCGGCGCAGCAGGCAGCAAGCCCUCGGCCAAGUUCGAGCUCAUCCACCGGGACGAGGCGCCCUGGGACGAGGUGGCGCGCAUGGACCAGGAGCGCACGGCGUUCAUCUGCUCGCACGCGCGUCGCCGCGCGACGGAGGCGGGCGAUGCCAAGCACAAGGCGAAGGCGAAGGCCAAGGGCGCGCCGGCAGCGGACGAGGCCUUCGCGAUGCCGCUCUCGUCGGGCGCCUACACGGGGACCGGCCAGUACUUCGUGCGCUUCCGCGUGGGCACGCCCGCGCGCCCGUUCCUGCUCGUGGCCGACACCGGCAGCGACCUGACCUGGGUCAAGUGCCACCGCCACGACCACGACGCGCCCGCCCCGGGCUACGGGUACGCCGCCCCAGCGUCGAACGACUCCUCCACCUCAUCGCUCUCGGCGGCGGCGGCAUCCUCCUCCUCCCACGCGCGCGUGUUCCGGCCGGACAGGUCCCGGACGUGGGCGCCCAUCCCGUGCUCCUCCGACACCUGCACGGCGUCGCUGCCCUUCUCGCUCGCCGCCUGCCCCACCCCCGGCAGCCCCUGCGCCUACGACUACCGGUACAAGGACGGGUCGGCGGCGCGCGGCACGGUGGGCACUGACUCGGCGACCAUCGCGCUGUCGGGGCGGGGCGCCAAGAAGAAGCAGCGGCAAGCCAAGCUGCGGGGCGUCGUGCUGGGCUGCACCACGUCCUACACCGGCGACAGCUUCCUCGCCUCCGACGGGGUGCUCAGCCUCGGGUACAGCAACAUCUCCUUCGCGUCCCGCGCCGCGGCGCGCUUCGGCGGCCGCUUCUCCUACUGCCUCGUCGACCACCUGGCCCCGCGGAACGCCACCAGCUACCUCACCUUCGGGCCCAACCCGGCCGUGUCGUCCUCGCCACCCUCCAAGACGGCAUGCGCCGGGGGCGGCUCGCCGGCGGCGGCACCGCCCGGGCCCGGCGGCGCGCGGCAGACCCCGCUGCUGCUCGAUCACCGGAUGCGCCCGUUCUACGCGGUCACCGUCAACGGCAUCUCCGUCGACGGGGAGCUCCUCAGGAUCCCGCGCCUCGUCUGGGACGUCGCGAAGGGCGGCGGCGCCAUCCUCGACUCCGGGACGAGCCUGACGGUGCUCGUGAGCCCGGCGUACCGCGCCGUGGUCGCGGCGCUGAACAAGAAGCUGGCCGGGCUGCCCAGGGUGACCAUGGACCCGUUCGACUACUGCUACAACUGGACGUCGCCGUCCACGGGCGAGGACCUCACCGUGGCCAUGCCGGAGCUGGCCGUGCACUUCGCGGGGUCGGCGCGGCUGCAGCCGCCGGCGAAGAGCUACGUCAUUGACGCGGCGCCCGGCGUCAAGUGCAUCGGCCUGCAGGAGGGCGAGUGGCCCGGGGUGUCCGUCAUCGGCAACAUCCUGCAGCAGGAGCACCUCUGGGAGUUCGAUCUCAAGAACCGACGGCUAAGAUUCAAGCGGUCCCGGUGCACGCAAUGAUUGGACCGCGGUCUUCCAAUCGUUCCUCCCUCCACUUCUUCAUUUUUUACCCCUUGGUGGUGGUGAUCUUGCUGAUUCUUUUUUUCUUCUUUACCCAUGUUCAGAUACUAAUGCAAUGAGAAAAUGUACCUUCUUGCAAUGCAAAGUGAUAAGUUGUAAUCAGUUUUCCUUUAGUUUUCCCACUCUCUGGUUCCUCUAAUUCUAGUGAAUAUAUUCAUCCCGAGUUCACUGCU